GAGUAUUCUUCAUUUUUGUGUGACUACUUCCGGCGUCUGUGUGCAGUUUCUAGGCUUACAUGUGCACUCAGGCGACGGCGGCAGCCACAGGCACUCAGGGGAUCAUCAGGAAGAAACUCCAGACUACAUUUACAAGAUGUUGGUCAUGUUGGCCGGGAUUUACUACUUUUACCUGAUGGAAACAAUCUUCUCUCUGGUCACAUAUAAAGAUAAUCACCAACAUCACCAACACCAUCAUGCGGAAGAAGCAGAGCCUCACCACUGUGACCAUGGGACAGUUUUAGAGAUGUAUCAACAGGAAAGGAAACGAAAAGACAAGUCGGCAUCAAAAGCAGACCUGGUUGGCUGUGACGAAAACAUGAAAUCACUUUCAGAACCAAGGGAGCUCACCAGAGAACAACGUCUGCUGCCUUACAUGAUAACUAUCGGUGACGGGAUCCACAACUUUGCGGACGGCUUAGCGAUGGGUGCAGCUUUCUCCUUGUCAUGGAAGUCUGGCUUGGCCACAUCACUGGCCGUGCUCUGCCAUGAGCUACCACAUGAACUGGGUGAUUUCGCCAUUCUGCUGCACAGCGGCAUGUCCGUCUGCAGGGCGUUGCUUUUAAACGUCGGCAGCGCCAUGACCUCGUUCAUCGGCCUGUACAUCGCCCUGUCCAUCGCCACCGACCUCGCAACCAAACAGUGGAUAGCUGCCAUCACUGCAGGGCUCUUCCUGUACGUGGGACUGGCUGACAUGCUCCCCACCAUGAUCCACAUCAGCAACAAGAGACCCUGGCUGAUGUUUCUGCUGCAGAACGUCGGCCUCCUGACCGGGUGGGGUAUUAUGUUGGUGCUGUCCCUUUACGAAGAGAGCAUCAGCUUUUAAUACACAGACUCAUGUCAAGACACAUACACCAGCACAUUGACCCAGUCGGUGUGCCUAGCUCCAGGUAUAAUCUCAGCAGAAUGUAAUAUCGAUGAAUGAACGACAUAUACGGCAACAUUUUGGCCUCCCUGUGACCUUUUCCUGUAUGUUCAAUUACAAUAGGUUUCCAUUUUAUUAGAUACACAAAAUAGUGGUGGGGAGCGUCUUACCACAUAAUGCAAUCUGGUACAACAACUCCACAAUCAGCCGGCAGGAGAGCUGAAAGUAACAUUCCUCUGACAGUCUCAACAAACACUGAAUAUGAUGAACCUCUGCAGUGGACUGAACUUAACUCUCAGUGUAUACAACAUAUAUAUAUAAAAAAAAAAAAGAAGUUAAUUUUUUUUUUUUUUUUUUACCAAUGCUGACGUUAGCUCACCCUGUAUGGUUUUUCCUCACUUUUUAUGAAGCGUUUUGUGGCCGGUGACACAUCCACACACGUCAUCUUCAGCUGACUUUUUACAGUCUUUUUACAGAUUAAAGUUACUUAAUCAUAAAAUUAGAAUUGAUUUCGGACGGUUUAACUCCACAGCGACCAAUAGCUGUCGUCAGAUUGUAUUUUGCAGCAAUGAUAAGUGUCAAAUGACAAACCGCACAGCGAAUUUCAGAAUAUGCUGUACAUGUGUUGGUUCCUCUUGAAUUCCUUAGUGAUAUACUUGCAUCAUACAGCUUUGUACAGAGUUGUUCUUUUUGUGCUUUUUCUUAAAUGUAUCUGUUGCAGAGUCAUCAGGAAAAUAGACCAAAAACUGUCACAUUUGCCAAAGAAAAAGGGAAUCAAUAGAGAAAUGAUACUGAUUAAACUAAAAAUCUCACAACACUAAUUACGAUGAAUGUAAAUGUAUAAAAAAUGUGUUAAUAUGUUGGGAUAUACAGUAUGGUACAUCUUUUGUAUUUUUGCUGUAUUUGAAAAUUGAAAAUAAAGAAAUUAA